UGAACCGUAGACAUGGUCUUUAAAGGGCAGGAUAUUCAUGACAUGAGAAGAUCCUGGGGCUUUUGGUCCCCAGGGAAGUAUCCCAGGAUCUCUGGCCGGUAGAUUUUGUGUCUGUGUCUUCCUUCACCCCAGGUUAAUGAUUCUGAGACUUAAAGGAACAUUUUAUCAGCUGCGUGUCUGGCCUCUGGCUGGAGAGCAAACCUGGGAGGUGGUCAGCCCCACCCUGGCCUCCCCGAGGGAGGGGGAGGUAAUCUGCUCUGACCUGCUCCUCCCUUUAGCCACCUCACCUUCCCUCCCAUUCUAUGUCCCUUCUUGCCUCCCCAUGACCUUGGGAUGUCCCUUGCCCUCUUUUAGUGCCUCAGUUUCCCAUCUUGGCAGAGGGAGAGAAAGGGAAAGGGAGAGAGGGAUCUCCUUUAUCAGGGACCAAUAGUCAUUAGGUGGUGAGAUUUUAGGACUAAUCAGAAUGGGGAAAGAUUGCCAGAAAGGUCAUGUUGAUUGUAUAGGUAGGGCUCUGUAGGUGGGUGUCUGUGUGUCUGCAUGAAGGAUUGAUUCUCUGGGCUUUUGCUGGUGUGUUUCCAGGAAUCUGGGUCAGUACUUGUGGACAGGAGGAGCGUGUGCUUUCUUUGGUCUCUUGUCUGCUUGUGCUUUUGUAUGUGGGUCUUUCUUGUCUUCGUGGACGUUUGUCUGUCUGUCUGGUGUCUGUGUCUCUGUGAGUUCAAUCAACAACUGGGCCCUUUAGCACACAUGUCAUUCCACCCUAGACCCCCCCCCCCCAAAGAGGCCCUGGGGUUUGGGGGAAAAGUGGUCUUGAGUUCUCCUCACCUCCCAGGUCUGCCCCCCAGCUACUCAGAGCCAUUAGACAAAUUGUUAUUUGCAUUCACAAGUGUGUCAGGGAAACACCAGGAACGGCCCCAGCAAUUGUCCCCGACUGGCACUAGGGGCCUUUAUGGUGGGGCUCCAGGAGCCUGCAUUUUUAGGAGUCCUGAGUCCCUAGGGGAGGCCCAGAGGUUGGGUGGGGGGGGAAAGGGAUGGGCUUGGGGGUGGAGUUAAAAGCAAGGAAGGCCCCCACCCAAUGAACCUCCCCCCCCCCAGCCAAAGGAUACCCAAGUUCAUUCUCAGCCCCCCCUUCUAUUGUUUUAAAGGGCCAAUAGCUGGGAUGCUAUUAACAUAAUGAUUGAAAGCUCCGGGACCCUGGGUGGGAGGGGAGGGGUCAGGCUUGGCCCGGGGCACUGUCCUCCAUACAGUCACCUCUUCAAAAUCUGAGGGGCAUCCGCCCCCCUGCGCACUCUGAGGGCCAAGUGCUCGAGGCUCGGCCAGCAGCUUCAGCUCAGAGUCUGGAUCCAGGACCAGCACCGGGAGGAAGAGGCCAGGGAGCCGUCCCACCUGAGAGGAGAACGUGUGGGUCCUGCCUGCUGCUGCCGUCCAUCAAGACAAGCUGGGCAUGUUUAAUCACAUGGAGGGGCUGCCCCCGGGCAACUACAGCCUGAGCCAGAGCACCAUGCCCGAUGGGUCUUCCCACUAUGUCGGGGGAAGCACCCCAAGACCUCCCCAGCCGCCACCCCAGCCCUUCUUUACCUUCCCCGCAGCAGUGAAGAGUGAGUACAACUUGGAGGGACCCUCGAACCCUGACUCCAGCCAGACCAAGGGGUGGUAUGCCUUCUCUGCACCCCAGCCCCCAGCUGAGGCCGGCCAGGCCAGUGCCUCCCACAACCUUCACCUCAUGCCGCCCAAAGAGGAAGACUCCUGCUCUUCCCCUUCCUCGUCAUCCUCUGGGGCUCCCGAGCGCGACCUCAGGGAGAACGUGAACGUCGUCCCCGAAGUGAACAAGUACUGCGCCCGUCCAGGCCCGGCCUACUACGCCCCUGCCUGGAGCGGGCCCUUCUGGCCAGGCCUGGGGAGCACUGGCUCCGUGCCCACCGGGGCCCUGCCGGGGCCGCCUCUCCCUCACCACCCUCUGCAGGCUCUGGGGACCUUCCCGGGUCCCAGGCCUCUGUACUCGGCACCCCUCCAGCAGCCCCAGGCAGGGCUGGGCAGUGUGGGCAGCAGCAGCAUUAGCAGCAGCAGCAGCAUCAGCAGCAGCAACAACAGCAACAGCAGCAGCAUCAGCAGCAGCAAUGUCAGCAGCAGCGUAAGCAGCACCAGCGGUUCCAGUGGGGCAGCCAGUGAGGAGGGCAUCCCCUCCAGUGACAGUGGAGAGGAGGACACCCCAACCUCUGAGGAACUGGAGCUGUUUGCCAAAGAAUUGAAACACAAGCGAAUUUCCCUGGGUUUCACUCAGGCCGAUGUGGGCAUGGCCCUGGGCACACUGUAUGGGAAGAUGUUUAGUCAGACAACCAUCUGCCGAUUUGAAGCUCUGCAACUGAGCUUUAAGAAUAUGUGCAAAUUGAAACCACUACUUCAGAGGUGGCUGCAGGCUGUUGAGAACACUGAAAACCCUCAGGAGGCUCUAGCUGUGCCCUGUCCCCCCCAGAUGUGCAGUAUGGAACAAGUGCUAGCCCAGGCUCGAAAGCGUAAACGUCGUACAAGUAUUGAGACCAGUGUGAAGGGGACCCUAGAGGGCUUCUUCAGGCGUUGUGGGAAGCCCACUCCCCAGCAAAUCUGUGACUUGGCAGAAGAGCUGCACCUGGACAAAGAUGUGGUACGAGUCUGGUUCUGUAACCGAAGGCAGAAGGGUAAGAGGCUUCUUCUGCCCUAUGGAGAAGAGGGUGAAGUGUUGCCUUAUGAUCUGACCCCCGGCACUGCCCUCGUCCUGCCAACUGCUGCUGUACCCCAGAACUAUGCAGCACCCCCACCACCUGUGCCCCCUGCCCUCUAUAUGUCCACCUUUCCUAAGGGUGAGCCCUGCAUCCCAGGCAUGCCCAUGCCUAAUGGGGGCAUCUGAGCCAGGAUCAGCAUUCUAGGAACUCACUGGGGGCUCAAGAUGCCUCUUGCUUUCCCCUUCUUGCCCUUGCCCUAUCCUGGUGACUGGUCAUUGUCCACUGCCUGAGAUACAAUGGUCAGGCCUUUUCCCUACCCCAGAUCUCUUUCUACCCCUACACUGCCCACAUCUAGAUUUUUUGGGCAUCUGGAAAACAAUAUUCAGGUCUUUUUUCUCUCCCUUCUUUCACCUCACACUCCCAAACUUGUGAUGGGUUUGGGAGCCAGUUUGAAAAUAAAAAGUUGGAUGGUAA